AUGGAUUUUCAUUCGAAAUAUACUCUGGGAACGUUUAUUGAAAGUGGUUCAUUCGGUGAAGUUUGUCGUAUCAGCAGAAAUGCAGACGGAGCUGAGCUAGCCUUAAAGACGAUCUACAAAUCGAAACUACCUCAGUAUGCAUGUGUUACUCGUGGUGGUUAUCCAGUAGAAGUGGAAAUGUUAAAAAAGCUAGAACAUCCUCACAUCAUAAAAUUUGUCGACUCAUUCGAAGAUGCGAAGUCUUUUCUCCUAGUAAUGGAAUUGGUAGAUAAUUCUAUCGACUUAUAUGAUUUCACAAUGAAACGCAUUGAUAUGUCAGAAGAAUUGUUAGCGUACAUUUUUGCUCAGAUAGCCGAUGCUCUACUUUUCCUUCAUUCUCACGAUAUAGCUCAUCUUGAUAUGAAAUUGGAAAAUGUCGUCAUGGAUGAGUGCCUUAAUUGUAAAUUGGUGGACUUUGGUAGCGCAGCUACGUGCAGGGAUGAUGACGUCUUUCACUUCCCUAGGUGUUCUGAGCCAGCUUGUAGUCCUGAAAUAUGGAGCGGGCAAAGCUUCAACGGUAAAGAUGCUGACUGCUGGGCGCUGGGUGUACUGCUCUAUCGGCUGUGCUAUCGUGAAACCCCUUUCAUUUCCUGUGACGAAGCCCUUAGUCUGGAUUAUGUGUUGCCUGAUGAUGUAUCAGCUGAGCUAGACGACCUCUUCUCGCGUAUUUUUCAUGAGACAGCUACCUGCCGGGCAGCCGCGUGGGAGAUCCGUUAUCAUCAGUGGACGAGAUCAGGCAAUCGAGGCGAUUACUUCUUAUCUGACUUGAUUGAGAAAGACAGCAGCCGCAACUCAAUCGAAGAAGAGGACAGCACUGAAGACGGUGGCUAUCUUUCGGAGAAGUAG